GUUCCGUGUGGAAAGUUCUCUGGUCCGGGUGCAAACUUUCAGCCGUCUGCAGACUGGAGACAGGCGCUAUAACAAGACCGAGCUCCGGUCCCCAGCGCUCAUUACACACGCAUAGAAGCGGCGCGUACUUUCUGUCGGUUAUGAGAUAUUAACGUAUCGUGUUUAUUUAAAGCUUUGUUACGUGCUCUGCUCGCGGUGGAAUCAUGGCCUGCGCGCCGAACCGUGUCCGCCUUCUGUGCAUGCUGGCACUUACCUUCGGCUUUUUCAUCGUGGAGGUGGUGGUGAGCCGGGUCACGUCUUCUCUAGCGAUGCUGUCGGACUCUUUUCAUAUGCUGUCGGACGUGAUCGCGCUGGUCGUGGCUCUGGUAGCGGUGCGUUUCGCUGAUAAGACCCAGUCCACCAACAAAAACACGUUCGGCUGGAUCCGGGCCGAGGUGAUGGGCGCGCUGGUCAACGCCGUGUUCCUCACCGCUCUCUGCUUCACCAUCAUCCUGGAGGCCAUCGAGCGCUUCACGGAGCCCCAAGUGAUGGAGAAGCCCGUGAUGGUGAUCACGGUGGGGGUUUUGGGCCUGCUAGUCAACCUGCUCGGGCUCUGUCUCUUUCACGGGCAAGGCGGAGGCGGAGAACACGGCCACAGCCACGGGGGAAACAAAAAACACAAGAACGGGAAGGACCGCCGGUGUGAGGCGCUGGAGGAUGGUCGGUCCGCGGCCGAGGAGACCAAUAAUCUGGUCGGGAAUCAGAACAACAGUCCUAAUAGCGUUAAUCCGGACAAGAGCAAAGCCGAGAUGUAUCUCAGUGACAGCCUGGAUUUGCAGAUUAACAGCAGCGCUCCGUACGAAGACUUUGAUAAUGGACAAGACUCGGCAUCCCAGCUCAACAUGCGGGGGGUUUUCCUGCACGUCCUGGGCGACGCUCUCGGCUCGGUCAUCGUGGUGAUCAAUGCCAUCAUCUUCACCUUCGUAUGGAAGCCAUGCGCUCCGGGCACUAUCUGUGACAACCCUUGUGUACACCAACAGUGUGAUAUCGAUUUACUCAAUAUCACCAAUGCAUUAUCCCCCAACACUAUGCCCGUAGCGGGACCCUGCUGGGUGCUGUAUCUCGACCCCACCCUCUGCGUCAUUAUGGUCGUUAUCCUUCUCUACACCACAUACCCGUUGUUAAAGGAGUCUGCACUUAUCCUGCUACAGACCGUGCCCAAGCAAAUCGACAUGCAUCAGCUCAACACUCGCCUGCAGGAGCUGGAGGGUGUGCUGGCAGUGCACGAGCUGCACAUCUGGCAGCUGGCAGGCAGUCGCAUCAUUGCCACCGCGCACAUCAAAUGCCAAGACCCCACGUCCUACAUGGACGUAGCCAAGCGUAUCAAGGACUUUUUCCACAAUGAGGGCAUCCACGCUACAACCAUUCAACCGGAAUUCGUAACGAUGAACUCGGAGUCUCGCAUUUCACUCUGCGAGCUCUCCUGUAGAACGCAGUGCGCACCAAAGCUCUGCUGUGGCGCCGCUGAUGCUGCAAAGCCUCCUGAUGGAGCUGUAGAACCGAAGAAACCAAGUGACGACAUAAACCCAAUGGUAACCAGUACUUCUGCUACAUCUCUGGAGAUCAUCAGCGAGUCUUUGGAGGAAACAAGGAGGCCAGAAUCCAUUAAGGAUGUGGAAUCCUCAUCGUAAUUGAGGAGCAGGUUAGACAGAGAACGUUCUGUUCUCUUAAGGGUUCAGAUAUGUAUUGGCUCAGCUGACUGAUUUCUGCCAUGCUGUGAGAAGAACUGAGCCCUAAUACACUCAUGAUAACACACACACACACACACUCCACAGCUCUAUAUCUCAGAUACCAAACCAACAUACAGACAAUAUAAAUAGGCUGGAGAGCAAGGCUGGCCUCCUCUGCAUGUGUUUACCACAUCGUCUGAUUGGUGUGUCUUUGCCAAAGCUUCUUUUCAUACAGGAAACCAGACACUUGCGUCCUUCCUGUGGAUUGUAAUGCGACGACAUGCAAUUUUAACAUCCAGCUGCUGGACCAAGUAGAAAUGUCUGGACCAGUUUUUUUUUUUUUUUUUUUUAUACCCAUCCUUUUUCUGUUUUAUUCUUCAUACUUGUUUGUUUUCAAACUUUCAAUUUUGUGAGAGAUGUAAAAAUGUACAUAUAAGUUGUUCAUUUUUUAUUUUAUUUUAUUUUAUUUUUUUACUUUUUUUUUUUACAAAAAGCUUUUUGUAAAAUUUAGAUCUGGUGAUUUUAGAGAUAAAAACAAAAAGGAUUUUUUUUUGCUUCUUUCACAACCAAUGAUCUGUACUUUAAUCCAGAGUAUUUUUAGAUGAUGAUUUUCAAAGAUUGCUAUUCAGUCUUUCACAUUUUUGCUUAGAUAAUCUGUUUUAUUAGACAUCAGAAGAUGUGUAGACAGUACUUCACCAUGCCUAUAAUUCAAACUUCUGUGUUAUAGCAAUGAGUCUAGUCAGUGUAGGAACUAGACAAACCUUCUCUUAUUGGUUUUUAUAAAAGCUUAGCUGAUGCCUUGUUUGUUCUGUCGUUGUCAAUCAAAACGAGAUGUGAAAAUGCUGUAAAAGUGUUUUUUUGUUGUUGUUUUUUUUAAAAACAUAUCACCCUCCACCAUAUAUAUGUGGGACUGCUGGAGGGUGAAAUGUUUUGUCCAUGCUGUCAUAAAAGUGAAGGGACCUCCUAAGAUUUGUGGAAGACAUUAAUUUGUGCAUGACCAAAUAUUCAUAUGGUUGUAUGGAAAGCUUUGAGAAGCCGAGAAAAACUUGUAAACCAAAGGACAAGGGAGUUACUUUCUGAAAUACACGUAGGUUUGGUGUGUAGCACAAUCUUUUCAGUGGCCUUCAGUAGAAAAAAAAAGCAUAUACUAUCAGCUCUUCACAACAGUAUUUAUAUCUGCAAACUUUAUUUGGUGAAAAUAUGCAAUUUAUGAAAAAGUAUAGUCUUUAUUAUUAGUUGUAGUGAAUUUCAUAGAAAACUGUUGAAUAGAGAUGAGCUCAAAUGUGCUGACAGAGUGUUUGUAUCACUGAGUAGUUUAAAAGUACCAUGCCAGCUGACAUGUUUUUGAGAUAUAACUGUCAAAUGUGUGUUUGUGAAUUAAACGUGCUUGUUUGGUAUUAUUCAA